AUGACUACAUCCGCUCUAUCCUCACGGUGGAGUUCCCUCCCUUUUACUUCUCCACCCCUUUUAUCUCGACCCAGCACUCCAAAGGAAGAGGACCAGCCAAGGUAUUAUCAGCUGAUUGAGAAAGCUAUAGAACCCAACAUGAUCAGUCCGGUGGAGACAGAGACAGUCCAGGGAAUCUUUGAACUGGUUCCUAAAACCCUCCGACAAGCGGUGCCAAGUGCCAAACGCAGGUUUCUCAGGGAAAUGGAGGAGGAUAGAAGAUUAGCCCUGAAAAAAGCCAUACUUGACUACAUCUUACAGGACUCAGCAGAACAAGACAGACUCGGGGUCCCCAUACCUGUCAAGCCCUCUAACUCGGCAGGCAGACACCAGUACCCCUGGCAUGAGAUGGUCAACAGAACCCGAGAUUUUAUGAAGAGCGACCUGUUUAUUACCCACCCAGUCAUGAACACCAUUCUGUAUCACUUCCAAACAAAAUAUGGAGAUUUCAGGCUUAUUGAUAUUCCUCAUCUGAGAGAGGUAAUGCCACUAACCAUGGUAAACUUCUACAAAAAUGUCAAACAGUCCAGCUUGGCUGCCGCGGAGAGGCUGCGGUACGAGUGGCUGCCGGAGGUGUGUGAGAUCGUGGAUAGUCACCGCGACACAGUGGAGGACUGGAUGCCACAGGAUUCAGGCCUGAGGAUGAAAAAGAUGGAUAGGUUCUUCAACAGUAUUGCGUCUUUGAUGUCCAACUUACUGCGGAGCUGCGUGAUUAACUCUAUAUAUGACCUUGUGGACUUGAUAGAGUAAUACUCUGAGGGAUGUCAGUACGAUGGAGAAUACACGCUGUUCAGUGGGUUAGCCCUGCCCACUAAAAUCCACAUAGUUCACUUCUUCAUGCAAGAGAAUAUAGAGAAAGUAGACAUUGAUUUCAAGCCAAACUUCUCUGAUGUCUGUGAUUUCUUCUGCCUGAUCAUCGAUCACAUGAUCGUCUGCGUCAGAGAGCUGCCGCGGGUUGAACAUCUCCUGUUCCAGUCAUAGGAGGAUCUUCAAAUUUCCACCAUCAGGAGCGUGAUCAUUG